GGCUCAUCUCCUGUCACUAUCUGUGACGCCGAGAAGAACGUAACCGCUGGCUCCCCAACAUCAGACUUUUUUGCUGCCAUGGGUUCCUCCAUGUCAAUCCCUAGCUCAGCUAGCAUCCGAGAAGAAACCAGGCAGACCGCGGUCCUAUCCGAGUCCGGUCUGGUUACCCGACAAUACCGCCGCGCAGAGAUUCCAGACGAGCGCAAUAGCCUCCGGCUCAGGGUCCGCUUUGGGACUGAUGCAGGCGCCUUGGUCAAUGGCUUCCCUAGCAAAGGCGGCGUGUAUAGUCUUUUUUGCUCUCCGAUGGAGCUCGAUUUUCUCGGCUUGGACCGGUUUGAGACCGCGCUACCAUCAUCUGACCCGGCUGAGGAGGAUGCACUCUGUGCUAAGAUACGACUGCUCGGCGCCGAAUGGUGGCCGAGUUUGGAUUCUCUGUGGGGAGGACCUCCUCUACUGAAGGAGAAGGUGCGCUUCAUUGGAGUCGCGUGCCCACUGGAGGAGAAGGUGCGCUUCAUCGGAGUUGCAUCCCAAGGGGGGUUGUGGGCACUCGAGACGAACUUGGAAGACUGUUCUAAUAGGCAACUGGGAAGAAUUCAAAACGCCAGGGAUAUGGAGGAGAAGUGCAGGCAGAUUGAGAGAUUCGGAGGCACCUUCUAUGCUGAUCCGAGCGAGUGUCCUCUUCUGGACUUCAAAUCCCCAGUUCCUGAGAGGGCGGCCAUACACGUCCUGUUUGCCGACGACGAUGCCAGCAACCAGACAGUCGCGCGCAAUCUCCUGACACAUCUUGGAUUCUCCCAAGUCACAACGGUCCGGGACGGCAAGGAAGCGCUCGACUUCCUUUUGGCAGCUGCUGAGGACAAGUCGCAGAGAAAACCUGACAUCAUCUUCUUGGACACGGAAAUGCCCGUGAUGGACGGCUUCGAAUGCGCCCGCAUUCUGAGACGGGAGUUCCCUUACAAUACAGAUUAUAGUAAUAUCCCAAUCGUCGGCAUGGCGUACCGUAAUCCGAUGCUGGAGAACAGGGAAAGGUGGUUUGCGGCAGGCAUGAGUGGCUUUCUUCCACUCCCGAUUCAGGAAAGAGAUCUGGAGCAAAUGCUUGUUCGAUUGGUUCUCAGAGGUCGAUCCAGAAUUUCGCUUUCCGGGCCAAGUAUCGAGGAUGCGGGCCGAGAUGCAAGUAUGAUGCAGGAAGAGUAGAUCUUUGGCUGUUUUCGAAACAGGGACCCUGCCGCAUCAUACCGUUGAAAGACAACUUGAUGCGUAUGAUGGAUGAUGCCGUGUCCUUUCCGGAGAGGAUUCAAGCAAGAUCAACUUGGUCAAAGGGAUGCACCCCACCCGUCGGUCUAGAUGUGGAUGAGUCGGCAGAUAGUGAGCUGGCUGACUAGUUGGCCAAGAGUGUAAGAGCCGAGGAGGAGCAUAAUUAUACAGGGCUUCUUUUCCUUUUUCUGGUCUUUCCUUUCCUGUCAUUUCUCUUUCUUCUCAUUUUCUCCCCUCUGUGAUAAAUAUCAUCU